AUGAGUGACCAGUAUGUUAUACGGCUGGACCAAGACCUGGGCGCUCAGCGAGACCUGGUGACCAAGACCAAGCACGAGCGCGAUGAGCACAGGCAAGAGUAUGCCUCUCUGAAGCAGCAGACCGGCAUCAUGAACUCUGAGCACCUUACCAAAGACUUCAAGGCGUUGCCGUCCCGCAAGUUGCCCAUGUCCAGUCUGCACGGCUUCUCUCACCCCAUGCUUUGCCAUGGCCUGCUCUCCGCACCGAAGCUCCCAGCGCCGCGAUGGGCCGCGCCCAUCGGCGGCCUCGGAUCCGCGGGAAAGCCGCGGCCGUGGGGCAGCAGCGUCGCCAGUGCCGCAGCGGCGGCCGUGGCGCUGCCACGGCUCAGAGCUCGUGCGCGCGCCUUGGCGAAGAGGAGCCUAAAGCCGAAGUGCCUGGACCCAGAUAUGACCUACGUCUGCAGCUGGCCCUCGGCAACGGACCAGGUCCAAGUCCUUUGGGACGACGUUUGGUGGAACUGCGAGGUGCUGGACAUUGGGCUCGACGGCUGCAGGGUGAAGUACCACGACGGCGGGGAUGUCGAAGCGCAUGUGGAUGUGAGCUCCCGCGUGCGAAAGCCGCGGCGUGCGCUGCUGGGCGAAGAUUCCGACGUCGAGGUGUGGUUGGACGACCUUUGGCGGCCUGGAAAAGUGCGGGCAGUGGAUCUCGAUGCGCAGUUGUGCAGCAUCGAGUAUGACGAUGGGGAGGUCCAAGAGGAGGUGCCGUGUGCUUUGGUACGGCGCCAAAGAACGGUGCACGAGGGCAGCUUCAUGGAAGCUUGGGAGGACGGCCGUUGGCGCGAGGGUGAGGUGGUUGAGAUUUGCGGAGGCUCGCGAUACAUGGUCCGAUUCCCGGAUGGGGAGAGAGAGGUGACGCGCUUGCGCGAGCCUGCCGUGCCACUGUACAUGCUCUACGUGGGGCAGGGCUAUCAAGGAGUCGUGACAAAGAUCACGGAGGAGGAGGUGCUGGUGGACAUCGGCGCUGAGGUUUGGGGCCGCAUCCCUGCGCGCCUCUUCGGGGACUCGGCCGCGUUGUUAGCGCGCGAGGAGGUGGAUCUGGGGAUGCAGCUGGAUGUGUGGAUUUCCGGCCUGGAUGCGGGGAAGCAGCGCCUGGAGCUCACGCGUUUCCUGGGUCGCGUAGACCUGGAUGCCGACGUGUCCCCGGGCUUGGCGCGGUUCCGGCGCUAUGUGCUGCGCACAGACCGGCCUUGA